CUGCGAUGGGCCCGCCGUGUCAUCGCCGGCGGUCGCAGGCGGGCGGGGCGGCCUGUCCGAGGCGUGGCGGACCUGCGGGGCGCUCCAGGGACGUCGACAUGGCCGCAGAUGUCGAGGAAGGCGCGGCGCUGGCAUCAAUGGUCGCUUCGUCACAUUGCACGUUGACACGCGCUUCCGUCGCGACUCCGAGAAAAGCUUCGAGCACCUGUCCGCAUCGGGCCCUAGCGCCGUCCGCUUAGUCAAGCAUCGCAUUUUCUACCACACCAGCCAUGUGUGCAUCGCCCCGGCACUGUCAUACUCGUUCCCAUGAGCGUGGCCUUCACUCUUCGACCGCUGGAGCGCAACCCGCCAAGCACGCCCGGCAACGCGCUUGAGGCUGCCUUUCGCGUUCACCUCUCGCCGAAAGAGCUGAGGAACCACCGUCUGGCCAAUGGCGAUCUGAUCAGACUGAAGACUCUGGCCGGCUUCAAGGGCUAUGGAAUUGCUUGGACUGCCGCCGGAACAAACCCAGCAAACAAGCCUAUAGCAAAAGUCACAGAUCUGCUGAAAGAGCAGUGUGGCCUGUCACUGAACGAUCCCGUGUUCAUCGAGAAGGCCAGUGACUCGUGGAAGCCUCUUGCGAGUGUAUGCAUCUCGUACCCGGAAGACAUUGAACAGAGUGCCAAGUUUUCCUCCACAGACGAGCUGCUCUACUGGGUUCGCUAUGCACUGGUCGACGUCGAACUGGUGCUGCCCGGGUGCAGUCUUCAGGUCCAGGCAAAAGGCCCAAAAGAGCAAUCCAAGACGUCUAAACUACGUUUGACAGUGCAAAACAUCGAUCCGCAGCCGGACGAGAAGAGUGCAUUGUACUUUGACCCAGUCAGCACUCAGGUCAUAGCCUCAGACGAGCCUCCCCCUCGGCAAGCUGCCGCAUCUUCCGCAGAGGAGCCAGUCAAGCCGACGUCAAAGAUCCUUAAGCUGGAUCAUGAAGGGAUUGGAGGGCUGUCAGACCACAUUUCAACUAUCAAUAAAAGCCUAUUCUUCUUCUCGCAUGCAGCAUCUGCUCUCCCUGAUCAGCAUCUCCUUGGACCCACCACUUUCUUGUUGCAUGGGCCUGAGGGAACUGGUAAGAGUAUGCUGCUCGAGCGUCUUGCAGAAGCACCUUGGAAGGAUGUUCAGCGAUUGAGUCUCGAUUCACACCCGAAGAAUCAUGCCGCAGCUAUUGAGGACACUUUCGAAGCAGCAAAAGAGAAUCAGCCAAGUCUGGUGCUCAUGGAUAAUCUGGACAAGUUUCUAGAAAAAGCCGAAUCCCUUGUUGGCAAACUCCGUUCCGAAAUAGCAAAAUUAGAGGGGAGCAAGGUCGUAGUUGCUGCAGCCGCCCGUAGCAUCUACGACAUCGACUCUAGUCUACGCACGACGUCAGGGUUUAAGACGGAGCUGGAGAUAUUUCCACCAAACCUCAUGCAGCGCGAGGACAUGCUCCGCGAGAUUCUCGGCCCUGCGAGAGCAAUCUCAACCAUCAACUUCACCACCGUAGCAGAGCGUACACAUGGUUUCGUAGGCCGGGAUGUCCACAAGCUUUGCGGCCUUGCGCGAAACCACCGCGUACAGACCGUCUACGACAGUCUAGACGAAGAAAAAAUGGACUCAUUCGGCGAGAUCUUAGAAUCAGGCGAAUUCGUCACGCAGGCAGACUUCGACGUCGUCAUCGAUCAGGUUCAGCCCACUGUGCUCAAAGACAGCAUUCUCGAGGUGCCAAAGGUAAAAUGGGACGAUAUAGCUGGGCUGGACCACGUACGUGCGCUCCUCGAGGCCAUCACCAUCCGCCCUUUCAAGCACCCUGACCUUGACACCAAAUUCGGUGGCCCGCAAUCCCGCAAAGGCGUACUCAUGUACGGUCCACCUGGGUGUGCCAAAACGCUCAUCGCACAAGCCGUCGCCACGGAAUCAAACCAGAACUUCCUCGCCGUGAAAGGCUCCGAGCUGAUCAAAAUGUACGUAGGCGAGUCGGAGCGCGCAAUCCGAGACGUUUUCCGACGCGCGCGCGCUGCCAAACCAUGCAUCAUCUUCUUCGACGAAAUCGACAGCAUCGGCAAGUCGCGCGAGAAAACGCAGGACAGCGGUCUGAACGUGGUGGCGACGCUACUGAAUGAAAUGGACGGCAUCGAAGCCCUCAAAGACGUCUUCAUCAUCGGUGCCACAAACAGACCCGAUAUCCUCGACUCUGCUUUGAUUAGGACGGGCAGGUUUGAUGCACACAUCCACAUCGGACUACCGACGCUGGAAGCCCGCGCACAGAUCCUCGAGAUCCACACCCGGCGCCGCCCGCUCGCUGCGGAUGUGGAUCUCAAUGCUGUUGCGGCGCGCACCGAAGGCAGCAGCGGCGCAGAUAUCAAGGGAUUGUGUGCGGUCGCCGUCGAGAUGGCCAUCGCAGAGUACGAGAAGAAUCCGCUAGCUGAGCCCGUGGUGCGCAUGUGCCAUUUCGAACAGGCGCUGGCGGAGCAUCACCCGCAUACGCUGAGGGAGGAGGCUGAGCGCUAUAAGUACUGGAGGCCAGGAAUGAGCCUGGGGGAGACGUGAAGCAAGUCUCAAUCGUGUUUAGUCUGUUCUGCGUCAUUGGGGUAGAUCCUGAGUAUGUAAACGCCUAGGCUGAUAUUGUGGAGUCUACAAUGUGUUUGGUAUACGUAU